AUGCCUCCAACACGCUCUCAGCUAUCACUACGUGGAUCUGCACAGCUCAUCGCGGAGUUCUUCGAGUACUCGAUCCAUUCAAUUCUCUACCAAAGAGGAAUAUACCCUGUUGAAGAUUUCCAGACUGUUCGAAAGUAUGGCCUGAACCUUCUGGUGAACGUUGACGACGACGUUAAACAGUACAUCAAGAACAUCAUCAAACAAAUCUACCGCUGGAUCUCGCACGACAAGAUCACGAAGCUGGUGCUGGUCAUUAUAAACAAGGACGAUGGAGAGACCGUUGAGAGGUGGCAAUUCAACAUCAACAUCGAGGACAGUGCGGAGACCACGAGCGGUGGCGACACUCAAACUGAAACAGACACCGCCGCUGUCCAGAAGGAUAUCCAGGCGAUUAUAAGGCAAAUCACAGCGUCCGUGACUUUCCUACCCUGCUUGAACUCCAGUGAUUACACGUUUAACGUCCUGGUCUACACCGACUCAGACGCACCUGUGUCGAAAGACUGGGUAGACUCGGAUGCAAGGGAGAUUGAAAACGGAGAAUCAGUGAGAUUCAAGAGCUUUAAUACAAACUGUCACAAGGUUGACACCUUGGUGAGCUACAAGUUGGACCAGAACUGA